GUCGUCACGACGACAAUCAGAACUUAUCUUAUCGGCGUCCACCCCACCUCAUUUAACCGAGCUUUGCCCGACAACGCCGCACAGCGUCAUCGGGCCCGCCACAGCCAGGCAAAGGUGAAGCCGAAAAGAGCUACCUCUGAAUAACACGUGCAACCUCCAUUACGUUACGUUUGCCAUUCCACCUCGAAAGCCUCUUGAUUCUGACGUAGAUAAUUUGUACCAAAUCUCCUAUUCCUCCUAUACAGAAUACACCUUUACGUUCUUUGUUCUCGAGGACUUGUUCUCUCAAAAUGGUUACCGAACUACCAUAUGCGCUCGAUGCCGAGACACCGCUAAAUGCCUCUGAACUCAAUGUGCUAAAAGCGCAAUAUGAGCGCGAGGGUGAGAUGGUUGGCAUCCAGACCAAGUUUAACUAUGCCUGGGGCCUCGUCAAGUCCAACCAGCGAAACGACCAGCAGCUCGGCGUGCGUCUUCUCUCGGAUAUCUUCCGCAUCUCCCCCGAACGUCGCCGCGAAUGUCUCUACUACCUUGCCCUUGGCAACUACAAGCUCGGAAACUACGGCGAAGCGCGUCGGUACAACGAUCUCCUUCUCGACAAGGAGCCCGCCAACCUUCAAGCGUCCAACCUACGCCAACUGAUUGAUGACAAGGUUGCCCGCGAGGGGCUGAUGGGUGUUGCUAUUCUGAGUGGUGUUGGUGUUGCGGCUGGUGUUGUGGGAGCAUUUAUUCUGAGGAAUGCUAGGAAGAGGUAGAUGACGGUAUUAUUUAGGAGGAAAACGUGCAGGAACAUAUAUUGCAUGGGCGGUUUCGGGGACACUUUACUCACUCUUCACUCUAACCUCUGGAUUGGGCCCUAUUGGAGUCUUGACAUUAUGAGAUAUGCUUGCACUACAUAAAAUGAAGCGACCCUUAUUAUAUACGUUAACCCAUUUUAUACAAGUUUACCAUUAUUCAUCCUAAUUCCAACGCGAUGUUGAGAUGACUAGGACAGGACAUUUGUUAUCGGAAAGUCACAUUCGACAAGGUAGUACAAAUUUGCCGGAUGUCUCACUACGCAAU